AUGGAACACCUGUUAACGUGUCGAACAUUCGUACGAACCAACUUAUUAUAUUUGCGAACCCUGGCGCGUGGAAAAUUGGCUCGACCCCGUCUUCGAUAUAUUACCUCAUCCUUGAAUGAAUUUGUUGCUAAUUGCUUCGAGUCUGCACCAACGCACCUCUCUAAUCUCUGCUCGCUCCAAAAGCACUCUACUUUGUGGUAG